UUUCUUAUCGGCUGCCUGGCUAGUGCGCCACUUGACGCAUGCGCAGUAGGGCAAUCGGGCGUGCGCUAGCUUCUUCCCUGGUAGGUUCCGGAAGAGCCGCGCACUCCUUGGGCGUUAAAGGUUCGCGCGCCGCAGUGUCGUUUCAGCCGAGCACUUGGCGUCCCCUCGAGAUCUGUGAGCAGCCACCAUGUCGAUCUUCACCCCCACCAACCAGAUCCGACUGACCAAUGUGGCCGUGGUGCGGAUGAAGCGGGGAGGGAAGCGCUUCGAAAUCGCCUGCUAUAAAAACAAGGUCGUCGGCUGGCGGAGUGGCGUGGAAAAAGACCUUGAUGAAGUUCUGCAGACCCAUUCAGUGUUUGUAAAUGUUUCCAAAGGUCAGGUUGCCAAGAAGGAAGACCUCAUCAGUGCAUUUGGGACAGACGACCAGACUGAAAUCUGCAAGCAGAUUUUGACUAAAGGAGAAGUUCAAGUGUCAGAUAAAGAACGGCACACACAGCUGGAGCAGAUGUUUAGGGAUAUUGCCACCAUUGUGGCAGACAAGUGUGUGAACCCAGAAACAAAGAGACCUUACACCGUUAUCCUCAUCGAGAGAGCCAUGAAGGACAUCCACUACUCCGUGAAACCCAACAAGAGCACAAAGCAACAGGCUUUGGAAGUGAUAAAGCAGCUGAAAGAGAAGAUGAAGAUAGAGCGGGCCCACAUGCGAUUGCGCUUUAUCCUGCCUGUGAAUGAAGGGAAGAAGCUGAAGGAGAAGCUGAAGCCUCUGAUGAAGGUGGUGGAGAGUGAAGACUACAGCCAGCAGCUGGAGAUCGUGUGCCUCAUCGACCCAGGCUGCUUCAGAGAAAUUGAUGAGCUAAUAAAAAAGGAAACGAAAGGCAAGGGUUCUCUGGAAGUGCUCAGUCUGAAGGACGUGGAGGAAGGAGAUGAGAAGUUUGAAUGACACCGCCCGGCUCCUCAGCUGGAGCACGACCGAGGACGCUUGUUCCUCACAGCAGCAGCAGCAGCUCGUUCUGUGACCUGCCAAAUGCCCUGCUCACACGACGUGCCACUUUCCAUCUUGUGUUAAACAUUUACCCAGGUAUCUGGGUAUUUUUGUUGUCAAUUAGGGUUUCCAGCAAAAAUGAAAAAUAACCCAAAAUACAGAGUCCAGAACAGUUGUUCACUGCUGCGUCUGCCUUUCUAGUUCCAAUGGGGACCAGAGACGGCAUUGGUGGAUAAGAAGGUAGAGUUAGUCCAUGACAGAUCAUUGGAGAGGGGUCUGAAUAACAAAGGGGGUACGCCUGCUGGAAAAGAAGAUGGGGUGUUUGUGAAUAAUGAAGUGCAGGUCUGGGGUGUGAGCGUGGAGAGAACGUCCUGGUUCCCUCCCAAUAGAUGUAUAAUGACUAGGGAGAAUUUGACUUUCUAAUUUUCAACAAACAUGGUACCAGACUGACUUCGAUUAUUCUUGGGAAAAUAUAUACAGUCAUUUAAUACUAAUUCUUAAAGGUUUAUAAUAUAUGUUAGUAUAGUUAAAAUUCUAUGUAAUCAAUAAAACUUAUUUUUACUAA